UAAAGGAAGGAGAGGAGCGCUAGAGCGCCGUCCGUGACCGCGGCGAUAGCGGUGACCCAGUGAGGAAGGCAGCGGCAGGCGGCGGCCGGUCGUUGCCUUUUGGACUCGGGCUGGCGGUUAGAGGCGGUCCAGGCGGCUUGGGACAGCCCUGGGGAGGACUCAGCUGGACAUUUAAAAUUGUUUGGAGUCAACACUUUGGUUCCAGCCAUGGGCUUGUCAGCAUCUACUCCCACUGUUUCAGUUCAGACCUCAAGUGCUUCAGAUAAUCAGACAGCAUCACCACCUUCAGGAUGCCCAAUGCAUGAAAGGAAAAGUCAAGGCUGUCCAGUAAGUGGGGAACCAUCUGGUCCAACUAGUGACAGCAAAACUUACUCUGUGCCUGCCCACCAAGAUCGAGCGUAUGAAUAUGUGGAGUGCCCCAUUACUGGUACCAGGGCCAGUAAGGAGAACCUGGAUCCUUCAAAUCUGAUGCCACCACCUAAUCAAACACCAGCCCCAGAUCAGCCAUUUGCGUUGUCUACGGCCAGAGAAGAAUCAUCCAUUCCAAGAGCAGAUUCUGAGAAAAAGUGGGUUUAUCCUUCUGAGCAGAUGUUCUGGAAUGCGAUGUUAAGGAAAGGGUGGAAGUGGAAGGAUGAGGAUAUCAGUCAGAAAGACAUGUAUAAUAUCAUUAAGAUUCACAAUGAGAAUAAUGAGCAGGCCUGGAAGGAGAUUUUGAAGUGGGAAGCCCUUCAUGCUGCGGAGUGUCCUUGUGGUCCAUCAUUGAUCCGUUUCGGAGGGAAGGCAAAACAGUUUUCACCAAGGGCAAGAAUUCGGUCCUGGAUGGGGUACGAGUUGCCUUUCGACAGGCACGAUUGGAUCGUCAACCGCUGUGGCACAGAAGUUAGAUACGUGAUCGAUUACUAUGAUGGCGGCGAAGUGAACAAGGACUAUCAGUUCACCAUCCUGGAUGUGCGUCCUGCCUUGGAUUCGCUUUCAGCUGUAUGGGACAGAAUGAAGGUUGCUUGGUGGCGCUGGACUUCAUAACCACUGUUUGUUUGUGAUGGAAAAAGAUAAACUAUUUUUUUUCUGAGAGGUACAUUAAACUAUUUCCCCUAAUCUGAAUCUCACUCGUGAUGUAAGAUCUUCAAGUGGGCAGUCACACUUCAUCAUUUACUUAGUGAAGGAUACCUUGCGCCAUUAACCUUUGAGUCAUAUCUGCCUUGCAGUUUGUAGCAGACCAUUUUAAGUUUUCCUCCCUCUUCAUCUAAGUGAGAAGCAGUCCUUCGGAUUUCCCUUUAUAUUCACUAUUGCCUGUGUAGUUCAUCUAAAAAAGUCUUAACCUCUAUACAAGAGCUUUUGAAAAGUGUUGAAAGUUGUCUUGUUUUCUCAGGAAUGAGCUAUAAAACCUGGAAGUCAGUACAAUGUUCAUGAACUUCUUCCUGGUCAAAUAUUUUAACUAAAAUUUAGAAAUAAGACAGUUACGCUUUUUUAAAAAUGACAAGCAUUUCUAAAGUCCCUACAAUUUAGUAGUACUCCUGAACAGAAUGCAAAAGUGUACACUGGAAGUGCAUUCAGCAAGAAUACGCAUGUCGUAGGUCUCCAAAUUUUCACUUAUGUCAAUUUUUCUGACUGGACCUUGUUACAGAAAUUUCAACUCACCAUAAAGUGGUAAUGCAUAUAUUUUUAACACAUAUUUUAACUUUUAAGCUUUUCCUUUUAAUUCCUGUAAUCCUAAUAUAUAAGUCUGCUCCCCAGAAAGCAGGUGUCCUCAUUGUCCCUAGCGUUUGACAAGUCAUCCCAACUUUGAGAUCCAUUCCUCCCCGGCCUGGGAGCUUCCUUUGCAGUCAGCCGAAUCCAAACCCUGGGAGCCUGGCUGAAGCCACAGUGCCAAUGCUGAUCCUCUGUAAAGCAUGAGUGUAUUUGGUUGUGGGUUAAAAUUCAUAAGAAGAGUAUUUUGUUCUCAGAUGUAUUUACAUCAGUUCCGUGUCUAAAUUUUGGUUUUGUUUGAGGGAAGCUCUAAAUUUGCUGUUCGAAUUCUUUGUUUCAGUAGCCCGUGGACUGGUUGUUCUAAUUAUGGCAGCAUGGUACAAAUGACUGGUUUUCUUCAGUAUUGAUAAUAUUAAUCUUUAAUUUAUCCUGAACACUGUAGUAUUAAAUUAGUGGAUGGAGUGGGCAGUCUGAAUGAUUAACUUGGUCUGGAUUUCUCUGUUGUGUCAGUUCUGCAUGGAAUUUCAAACAUCAAACAAUCUUAAGUUGUGCCUGUCAGAAUAUUUAUACAUUUUUAAAUAAAGCUGAUAGUUAACAGGUUUUGAAAA